AUGAAGCGCACGAUCAAAGCCCGCGACGAACGACUCAAGCCAGCGCCCGAAAAGCCAAAGGAGAAGAAACCCGGCGAUGAAGUCACCAACCAUGUCCAGGCUGCCCCGACGAACAUGUUCUUCGCUGCCAACACUGCCCUCGGCCCUCCGUACCGUGUCCUCGUCGAUACCAACUUCGUCUCCCACGCUAUUCGGGCGAAGCUUGAUUUGCUCCCGGCCAUGAUGGAUCUGUUGUAUGCGAAGUGUAUCCCGACGUUCACGGACUGCACGAUUGCCGAGUUGGAAAAGCUGGGUGAUAAAUACCGAUUAGCCUUGCGGGUAGCCAAGGAUCCGAGAUGGGAGAGAGUCAAGUGCUCGCACAAGGGCACCUACGCUGAUGACUGCCUUGUCGACAGAGUAUCGAAACACCGAAUCUACGUCGUCGGAACAAACGAUAAAGACCUCUGCCGCCGACUCCGCAAGAUCCCCGGUGUUCCGAUCAUGAAGGUCGCGCGCGGAAAAUUCACCAUCGAGAAACUGCCGGACGCGCUGGAUUAA